CUUCUCACCAAAACAGAUCUUCCCACUCUCCCAUUUCCCCACCCUCACUCACUUCGAUGGGCUCUUCCGCUUCAAAGCCCGCGAGAGCGGCUGCUGGUGCAGCCAAGCGCCAGUAUCCUAAAAGGGCCGCGCCCCCGCCGCGAGCUCCAACAGCACCUCCGAGUGAAACAAAAGCAAAAGCUCCCGAGGGACCAACUCCUCAGCCUGCGCCGUCGCCCCCUCCCUCUCAGCCUCCAAGCUCUGGACCUCAAGGUCCGACAUACCACUCUAAGGAACCGCCCUCCGUUACAAGAUCCAGCGCAAUCGACCUCGACGGCCGCGACCCCGACUUUGCCGCCUCCCUCCGCUCCCUCGGCCCCGUCGACCCCUCUGGCAACUACGCCGGCUCACCAACUUUCAGCCGCGGCCCUAUGCAAACCGUCUUCCCAACGGCCUCCAACCCAGCUCUCCUCACAGCCGCCGCACGCGAUCGCAUCACCAAGGCCGCGCAGCAAGAAAUCGACCAGAUGGGGCGCCCAGACUUUGCGGGCCGAUCAUAUAUGGACGCUUUGAUGAUCCACCAGGCGCUGACGAUGCGCGAUGUGCAGAAGAUGCCGUCUGUGGAGAUCGAGCGAACACUGCACCUUAAGAAGGGGACUAUGAAUAAGCUUGGUGUGGAUGGUUUGAUUUCGCGCGCUACGUGA